GGAGUUUGAGUGUGUGUUGCUGGUGUUCGGUGCUGGCGGGUGUGUCUCUGGUGCUGUGGUUUAUCUGUCGCUGGUCAGCAGAGAUAGACUGAGGAAUGCAAGAGAUGUUGGUGAUGUCGUCAGCGCUGGGACUGAUGGGAAAUGAGCUCAAGCUCGGCUGAUGUUGCAUCACAUCUGUUGACUUUACUGAUCCGGUCAAAAACACAGGAGUUUCCAACAUGACACAAAUAAUCAACAGUCAUGAUGUGAUGCUGAGAGACGAUCUCCCCGUGGAAUAAACUCUCGUUAGGAUCAAUGACCAUUAAAGAGCAUGAGACAGAUGUUGUGUUUCGUACAGGUUAUCACUAGCUAUUUAUUGUGAGGUGUUGAAGGAUGAUGGAUUCUGUCACAGGUUUGAUGUCUGGGGUGGCAGGGGGCGGAGCUCAGGCGAAUGAGGGUGUGGAGGAAGGGGGCGGAGUCAGGCGGAGAGUCCCUCCGGUUGAGCUGAAGCUGGUCCCGCUGGAGGAGGGGUCAGAGGUCACGCUGAACAGUGACAUGAUGAUCCUGCAUCGGCAGAUGGACCGCAGGAAAGCAGCCGUCUACCUCACACUGAGCGGCCUGCUGAUCUUCACUACAGCGUUCCUGCUGGGAUACGUGGCGUUCCGUGGAAUGUGUCGUCUGUGCGGGAAUGAAGGGGAUCUGAUUCCUCUGAGCGACGCGGCGGGAGCUCAACACUCGCCCGAGGGAGGAGUCAUGUACAUGGCUGAGCUCAGAGAGAUGCUGAAGAAAUACCUGAAGGAGGAGAGGAUUGAGAACACACUCAGGCGUGUGAGCCGGGCGUCUCAUCCUCCGGGCUCUUCAGAAGGAAACGCAGUGGCCAGAGAAAUCCUCCAGAACCUGCAGAACCUGCGCAUGGAUCACACCUGGACCGACUCGCACUACGCCACGCUGCAGUUUCCCUCCAGGACGAAGCCCAACAUGCUCUGGUUCGUCGAUUCCGAGGGGGCGGAGCUUGAGGAGAUUCCGCUGGACAGCGAGGGAUACUGCGCCUACAGUGCCACGGGAACAGCCACGGGAGGUGUGGUGUACGUGAACUACGGCCGGCGCGAGGACUUCGAGCAGCUGCGUGUGCUGGGCGUCGCCCUCAACGGCUCCAUCGCCGUGGCGCGGGUGGGAGGAAGCGUGAGCUUCGCCGAGAAGGUGUGGCUUGCUCAGGAGGCGGGGCUUGUGGGCGUGCUCAUCUACCCUGACCCCGCCGAUGUCCCGCAGGAUCCACGGCGACUCGGCCUCCACAGCAACGCCGUCAUCUCUGAACACGUGCAUCUGGGCUCUGGUGACCCGUUCACACCUGGAUUUCCCUCCUUUAAUCACACCCAGUUCCCGUCCACCCAGUCCUCAGGCCUGCCAAUCAUCCUGGCUCAGCCAAUCAGUGCCAACGUUGCUUCCAAACUGCUCAGUCAGCUGUCCGGCACCGCUUGUCCGCGGGGUUGGCAGGGCCGGCUGCCGUACGUUCAGUGUGUUUUGGGGCCGGGCUUCACGGGGCCCGGCGAGCGCAGGGUGAAGAUGGCCGUCUAUAACACCAUGAAGCCGGUGCUGCUCAACAACAUCUUCGCCUCCAUCGAGGGCAAGAUCGAACCUGAUCACUACAUCAUCAUCGGGGCCCAGAGGGACUCGUGGGGCCCCGGAGCCGUGAAGUCUGGAGUGGGGACGGCCCUCCUGAUGGAGCUGGCCAGGACCUUCAGCAACAUGCUGGAAAACGGCUUUUACCCUAGACGCAGUUUGCUCUUCGUCAGCUGGGAUGGAGGAGAUUUUGGGAAUGUAGGCGCCACCGAGUGGCUGGAGGGUUAUCUGACCAUGCUGCACCUGAAAGCAGUGGCGUAUUUCAGUCUGGAUCAGGCAAUACUGGGUGAUGAUGUCCUCUCAGUCUACUCCAGUCCUCUGCUCGCGGAUCUCAUCGAAGGAGCCAUCAAACAAGUGGAGCAUCCCAAACACACGGGUCAGUCGAUUCUGUCUCUGGUGCAGCGGCAGGGCGGCUGGAGGAACAUAGUGAAGCCGUUGUAUCUGAACAGCGGCGCGUACAGCUUCACAGCCUUCGGAGGAGUUCCUGCCAUGCAGCUGCAUUUCACUGAAGACGCUCGUUCGUACCCGUUCGUCAACACUCAGCUGGACAGCGUGGGGCGUCUGCAGGAGCUUCUUCAGGGUCGUCUGGGGUCAGUGGGGCGAGCUGUAGCUGAGCUGGUGGGUCUGAUGGUCCUCAAACUGUCCCAUGAUCAAAUCCUGCCACUGGACGUCACCUGCUACAGCAACACAGUACAGCAGCUCAGCUCCAAACUCAGCCAGCACACCGCACAGCUACAGUCCCGAGGUUUGUCUCCACUGUGGGUCUUCAGCGCUCGAGGGGAUUACAGCAGAGCCGCCAAAAACCUCCAAGAGGCCAUAAAGAACAGCGACAUCCAGGACGAGAGACUCGCCAGACUCUAUAACACACGCAUUAUGAGGGUGGAGUACUACUUCCUGUCGCAGUACGUGUCAGUGGUGGAGACGCCGUUCCGUCACGUGUUUAACGGCCGUGGAGAUCACACUCUGAGCGCUCUGGCCGAUCACGUGUCACUCCUGCGCUCCGCUCCGCAUCUGUUCAACGAGGCGCGUUUCCGCCGCCAGCUCGCGCUCUUCACCUGGACGCUUCAGGGCGCCGCGAACGCGCUCAGCGGAGACGUCUGGAACAUCGACAACCCGCUCUAGAGCUCCACACACGGCCUUCAGCCUCUAUUUAUGCCCUAGGAGCUGCUCAACACUUCUAGUGAUGUUCUAGAGACCACUGAACAUUAUCUCCUCGUAAAUUAAUUCUUAAUUAACCGUUAUGAUUGAGAAGAGAUUCUUUUUUUGUUACUAAGUGAUAAUGAGACUCUUAUGAAUGUGAGCAGUAAUUAUCGAGAGCAGUGACUCUCAUAAUUAUGACAGUCGUACUGUCGUCCAAUCAAGAAGCAGCAUCUGCUAUCGAUCGACUCUGUGCUGUCACGUGACCUGAUCAGCUGAUCAUGUUUACUGUAUUGAUCAGAUAUUGAUUAGAUUCUUAUGAAUUUACGCACGUGCUGUAUGGUGCACUUCAAUAAAAUGUGUUACUUUUGUGUCAA